AUUGGUGCAGUUUGCAGACGAUUUCGCGGCCAUCAUCAGAGCAGAUACAGUGGAAGAGGCAGCUGAGCGGUGCACUGGAUUCCUAAUCAAGCUUUUCGGAAAGCUCAACGAACUGAAUCUGAAAGUCAGCAGCCACAAGUCAGCGAUAAUUCCAUUUACAAGGAAGAGGACCGAGCAUCUCAAAGUAAAAGUGUGCGGUGAACAGAUUGAGCUGGUCAACACCCAUCCAUAUUUGGGAUACGUACUGGAUAGAGGACUGACGCAUAGGAAGCACAUCGAAGCAGUGAAGACAAAAGCUGGAGCAAAACUGGGAUUGCUGAAAAUGCUGUCACGGAAAGAAGCGAGCCCGGAAACCCUGGUAAAGAUCGGGAAUGCUCUAAUUCGUAGUAGAAUGGAAUACGGCGCAACAAUCUACGGCAAUGCGGCCAAAACACACCGCAACAAACUGCAGGUACUCCAGAACUCGUACAUUCGGAAGGCGAUGAACUACCUCAGCAGCACCCCGGUGCAUGUCAUGCUAGCAGAGUCGGGGCAACUUCCGAUGGAGCUGCGGAUUGAAAGCUUGACAAAAAGGGAGCUGAUAAGGACAAUCUGGUAUAGGACACCACUCAUGAAGUUCGUCGGCCCAACCAUGGACAGAGAAAUGGGCAACGAAUCCUUCCUAACUGAGGUUGCAGAGAAACAUCUGGACGUACUCUUCCAAGUGAACCCAUCGGACAGGGAGCUCCCAAGCUUAAUGAGAAUGCGCACCUUUGAAAGAGUGGAAAUGGACAGAAUAGUAGAAACAUCAUUAUCAGGAGAAAGGCUAAAAAAGGAGCGGACGGCACCUGAAGUGUGGCAGGCACGGUUCAAGGAAGCGUACCAAACCAAGUACAAACACCACACAAAGAUCUUCACGGAUGCUUCAAAAACGUCUACUGGAACGGCCAUAGCGGUAUACGAUGAAGCAGACUCGGACAACAUCACGGAGAGCAUCAACUCGAACUUUUCAAUCACGAACGCUGAACUACUCGGCAUUUUAAAAGCACUGGAACUCAUCAAAGCAAAAGGAUACAGGAAAGCGGUCAUUUUCACGGACUCAAUGAGUGCGUGUGAGAUGAUACGAAAUGGAAGAGCAGUGGACAACAACUAUCUCAUAGGAGAGAUAUACAAGGAGUUCCUGAACAAUGCGGAAAGUGCGAUCAAGGUACAAUGGAUACCGAGCCAUAUGGGAAUCCAUGGGAACGAAAUCGCCGAUCAGCUGGCAGUGGCCAAAACACAGCACAAACAAUCGGACUACCAAGGAGUAACUGCUGGAGACGCGCUCGUCCUGAGCGCGAAAAAUACGUGGGAAGAUUGGAACCGGAAGUACAAGGAAGUGUCGAAAGACAAAGGAAAAUGGCACUACCAAUUGAUGGAGAAACCAGGGAAACGGAUAUGGAGUAAGGAGCUCAUACUAAACCCAAAAGAAGUGAAAAUUCUAAACAGAAUUAGAAGUGGACAUUGUAUGACGAAAGAAAGGAGGGCGAAAUGGGGUUGGGAAGAAGACGAAUUGUGUGAAUGGUGUGAAGAAACCGAAAAUCUGAAACACAUAAUCUACGAGUGCCCACAAUACAACCUAAGUCGAAGUCAGUUUCCGGCAUUGGAGUAUAUGAAACCAUUAGAAGUGAUUCUACAAGAAGGCUGUGAAGAAGAAAUGAAGCAAAUAGUGAAGUUUUUGGAAGAGAACAACAUCCACAUAUAAAAAGACAACUAAACAUGUAACAAACACACAACUAAACAUGUAACGAAAAGACAACAGUACACCCAGGGGCGAGAUGGACCAACCGUGGUCUUAGCCUGUCUAAAAGACAAAUCCAAAAAAAAAAAAAAAAAAAAGAACAGUGAAUAUUAGGAAAAGUACCGUGAAAUUGCGGAUAUUCUGGUGGAUCGGAUCGGGUACCAGCGGAAGUGAAUCAAGUGCGGCCGGAGCAGACCUGUUCCGGCCAAAAAAGUAAUAUUUUCAGCGGCAGUGGACACCAUUGAUGACAUGGAAGGAUGAAACAGACAGAAUCGGAAAACUUGUGCGACUUCUUCUCGGUGACCGAUCAAAGAUGAGUUUAUGUGCCGAUGGCAAACGGAGUCCUGAUACUAUUUCCAACAAACAAGUACAGCCGCAGAAGCAGCAACGGACGAUGAAAACGGCGACCACGGUGGCGAUCACCAAGUCGGAAUCGCUUCCCAAGUCGUGAAGGAGGAGGGAAUGUUCUAGCACUCACAGCUGCAGCACAGUCACGCGUAAGUCGGGUACAUAACGUUCGGGACAUUCCUACCGGAAGAGGUUGCUUCCAGCACCCAAGCUGUUUCGAAUAGGUGGAGCUAGAGAGCUGAUGCCCCGCACCAGCGGCAGUUCCAGGGCCAUCGAGAGUCAAUCCGAAGACGGAUGGAGACUUGAGCGCCAAGGUGGCGUACGAUUUCCUGUGCAAAAACAGCAAGCGGAAUCGUUUGGAAGCGACGGUGAAUAACUACCAAAAACAGCAAAUAUUUCUGCACGAGAAAGCCACCGUACAGCGGAGGUUCCUACGUGGAACUACUGGAGGAGCCGUCCAUCCCAGCUGAUAAGUGGCAUGAACAUCGUUACCAUUAUACCAGAGUGGAUAUAGUUUUACUAUUGUAUUGUUUAUGUUCAUAUCUAUAAAUAAAUAUUUGGUAGGGGGGGGGGGCGUGUCUAGGUGUCUAGUUUGGGACUGCAAAAUAUCCGAAAUUACACCGGGGUUCUUUACCAAAACGUUAGUAUUGUUAGCUAGGACUUUUGAAAAUACUAAUAGUCGCUAUGAAUUUUUCGCAGAUAAUCUUAGUAAUCAGAACUUGUAGUUAAAUGGGCCAAACAUGUCCUCUAAAAUCGCGAGGUGACGCAAAAUCCUCUUCCUUGAACUCGACACGCGAAGGUUCACCAAUUCCUCUCAAGUAACCCAAAAAAGGCCUUCUAUAACUACAACAUAAUUAGAAUUCAAUAAGUGAUGGCUUUCCACGUCGUUUCAAGUCGAGAGGUGGCGCAAAAAAAAAUAUGGCACAAAUGUCCCAA